GGCGUAGCGAGCCGUAUCGAGCCGUACCGAGCAGUACAGAGCCGUACCGAGCAGUACAGAGCCGUACCGAGCCGUACCGAGCCGAGCCGCUGCGGGGGGCGCUGCUCGCUCCGCGCCGCGUUUUUCAUUUCCAAUUUUUGAUCGCAGCUGCAUUUCCCUCCCCCCGCCCCCCCGCGCCGAGGAGGAGCCCCGGCUUUAUGUGGCGCUGCCCGGGGAGCGCUCGGCGGCCGCCAAGUUCUUUGUGUCGCCGUCGCCGUGGGUUUUUUUUUCUUUUUCUUUUUUUUUUUUUUUAAUUUUUAAAUGUACAACUUCAUGGGGCUGAACAGCACGGCCGUAGCUAUUCAGCCCAAUGUGUCCUGCACAUGCAACUGCAAAAGGUCUUUGUUCCAGAGCAUGGAGAUCAGCACUGAAUGUUUAGGUCGCACCUUUCCAGGUAAACUGGCGGAGUUGGAGUUUGUACAGAUAAUCAUAAUCGUGGUGGUGAUGAUGGUGAUGGUGGUGGUGAUCACGUGUCUGCUGAACCACUACAAACUCUCUGCGCGAUCCUUCAUCAGCCGGCACAGCCAGGGGAGGCGGAGGGAUGAGAACCUCUCAUCAGAGGGAAGCCUGUGGCCUUCGGAAAGCACCGUGUCAGGGAAUGGAAUAACAGAGCAAAUCUACACCCCGAGACCCAGCGACCGCCUGGCAGUGCCAUCCUUCCUGCAGAGGGACCGCUUUAACCGAUUCCAGCCAACCUACCCCUACAUGCAGCACGAGAUCGACCUGCCUCCCACCAUCUCGCUGUCAGACGGUGAAGAGCCCCCCCCUUACCAGGGACCCUGCACUCUGCAGCUGCGGGACCCCGAGCAGCAAAUGGAGCUCAACAGAGAGUCGGUCCGGGCCCCCCCCAACAGAACCAUCUUUGACAGUGACUUGAUAGAUAACUCCGUGUACGGGGGGCCGUGCCCCCCCAGCAGUAACUCUGGCAUCAGUGCGACCUGCUAUGGGAGCAAUGGUAGGAUGGAGGGACCGCCGCCAACGUACAGCGAAGUGAUAGGGCACUACCCAGGGUCGACGUUUUACCAGCACCAGCAGAACAACAACGGGAUGCCUUCCAUCUUGGAGGGCAGCAGACUCCAUCAUUCACAACUCAAUGGCCUUGAGAGCACAACUGCGUGGAACAAAGAGAAAGAGAAACAAAAAGGGCACCCCUUUUAAAAAAAAGAAAAAAGGAGAAAGAAAAGAAAAGAAAAAAGGCAAGAAAGUAAAUGAAAACACUCUGCACUUCUCAUAGAAAAAGGAGAGAGAGAGUUGAGGAAGAUGAGCAAAGAAAAAAGCCCUUCCCCAUCUCUCCAUGUAUAAAUAUUUACUUGUUAUGUCUGGUCUGAAUGCACAAGCCUCCCAAGCUUGCAAAAACAUUUCUUUAUUGAGCUGUGUCUAGACCUUUAAAAAGGAAAAAAAAAAUCAACUGUAGUCCUUUUUUUUUUCUA